AUGCAGAAUCCUCUGUCGAUCCCAGGGGGCUGGAACAAAGACACCCCCAGGGACACUCCCGCUGAAGAAAAGAGUAAUCCUGGUGCGUCCUCCCUCCCCUCGCCGUACCUAGCGCUCAUCAUCCCCCUUGCAGUUGACACUGAGUCCGUUCCACGCAGCGGCGUCGGAGUUGUGGGCGAAACCGGAGACGUCGUGGACGAGACCGGAAAGACUGUUGGCGAAAUCACAGACUCCAAGGAUCCCAAGGAGCUUGUAGGCAACACCGUGACGACGGCCGGAGAUGUUGUUAGCACAACUGGAGAUGUCCUCGGCAAAGCGGUGCCCCUAGACGAGGAGCCCAGCGAGUACACCACCACGUCGGCCGAGAAACCCAAGAAAUCCAGUGGCUUCGGUCUGUCGGGACUCAAGUCUGUUUAUAACUCAGUCGACGGCAGCAUGAGGCCCGUCACCAGUCGCCUGGGCUUCGGCAGCAAGUCCGGAGCCAGCAAGUCCGGAGCCAGCAUCACACCUGAAGACAAGUCGGCAUCUCAGGGUGAGGAGACGGAGAAGCAGUUCCGCGAAGCCCAGGGCAAGGGUUCUUCAUCUGAGAUUAACCUCAAAGAUGAGGACCCAGUGCCGUCGGUUACGGGUAAAGAGACUGGAGUCGAGUCCAAGGACAAGCUUACUGAGGUCCCUCCCGAUCCUAUCGAGACAACCAAGGAAGCAGACAUCGAGGCGGAGCAAAGCAACAGCAUCAAGCCAGAUGAUCUCAAGCCCGACGACAGCGUCUCGAGGUUCGAACCCGAAAGCACAUCCGAGAUCCAAAAAGAUAUACCGCCUCUCGAUGAGGUUAAGGAAACCCCAACCACCGACCACACAGAUGUUCCUGAAUCAGACGCACUUAAGUCUGUCGAGGGGACCGAGGUUCCCAAGUCUGAGGUUCCGAAAUCGGAAGUCCCUGAGGGCUCGGAGCUUGAUAAAACCAAGUCUGACGUCCCAAAGUCUGAGGUUCCAGAGUCUGAGGUGCCAAAAUCUGAGGUCCCAGAGGGUGAGGUCCCGAAGUCGGAUGUCCUAGAGGAUGAGGUACCAAAGUCUCAGGUCGAAGGAUCCGAGGUUGCAAAGACUGAGGUUCCAGAGUCUGAGAUUGCGAAGACUGAGGUUCCGGGAUCCGAGGUUCCAGAAUCCGAGGUUGCAAAGACUGAGGUUCCAGAGUCUGAGAUUGCAAAGACUGAGGUUGCAAAGUCUGAAGUCCCCGAGUCUCAGAUCCCCAAGUCUGAGGCCCCACCCUCCGACAUCCAGCCCUCUGAGCUCGCCAAGUCUGAAGUCGCUGGAUCUGAAGCCCCGGGAACAGACAUCCCAGGGACGGAAGCCCCCAAGUCUGUAGUUUCUGGAGUGGAGAUGCCCAAGUCCGAGGCCCCAGAGGGUGAAAUCCCCGAGGCUGAGGUUCCUGAGGGUGAGGUCCCCAAGUCCGAGGCCCCGGAGGGUGAAGCCCCCGAGGAAGAAGCCACGGACGAGCAUAAGCUGGACUUUGCCGCCCUCGAAGGCUGCGUCGUUAACAAAGGCGGCAACCUCAUCAACGACAAAGGAGAGCUCAUCGGCCGCGUCGUCGAAGGCGAGGUGAAGCAGCUCAUCGGAAAGAAGGCAGACGCAGACGGAGUCAUCUGGAAUGACGCCGGCAAGGCCGUUGGCAAAGGAGAGCCUCUCCCCGACAAUGAGCGAGAGGACCUCAAGGACUUUGCCCCCUUUGAGAACUUCCCCGGAGCUGUCGUCGAGGCGGAUGGCCGCGUCCUUUUUGAGGGCAAGCAGGUCGGCCAGGUUAUUGAAGGCGACCCCAAGCGCCUCAAGGGCAGCAAGGUUGACGAGGACGGAGAUAUUCUGGACCGUCGAGGCAACGUCAUCGGCAAAGCGGAGGCCUGGGAUGAGCCUGAAGAGGAAGCUGCUCCUGAAAUCGACUACUCUAUCCUCGCCGGCAAGCGCGUUAACAAGGCCGGCAACGUGGUUGGAGACGACGGGAUGCUCUAUGGCCGUGUCAUUGAAGGACACAUCGGCUCACUCGUAGGCCGCAUGUGCGACAAAGACGGCAAUGUCAGGAGUGAGUCCGGAGAGGCCAUCGGCCGAGUGGAACUUGUGCCCGAGGAUCAGCGCCAAGGCACUCGUGAUGGACCAUUCGCCGACCUCGUUGGCUGCACUGUUGUCCAUGACGGGAAGAUUGCUACUUCUACCGGCGAAAUCGUGGGUCGAUUGAUCGAGGGCGACGCCAAGGCCCUCUACGGCCGCCCUAUUGACGAGGACGGCGAUAUCCUCGACCGCAAUGGCAACACUAUUGGCAAGGCUGAGCGCUGGGAGGAGCCCGAAGCUGAACCCACGCCGGAGAUUGACUACUCUAUCCUCUCCGGCAAACGAGUCAACAAAGCCGGCAACGUGGUCGGCUCUAACGGAGAGCUGUACGGCCGUGUUAUUGAGGGACACAUUGGCUCUCUCGUCGGCCGCAUGUGCGACAAAGAAGGCAAUAUCAGGAGCGAGUCUGGCGACAUCAUUGGUCGCGCAGAGCUCGUUCCAGAAGACCAGCGUGAGGCAACUCGUGAUGGCCCGUUUGCCGAUCUCGACGGCUGCACCGUUGCUCGUGACGGAAAGGUUGCUACCUCUUCUGGCGAGAUUGUUGGUCGCUUGACCGAAGGCGACGCCAAAGCUCUCUACGGCCGCCCUGUUGAUGAAGAUGGAGACAUCCUCGAUCGCAACGGCAACGUUAUUGGAAAGGCCGAGCGCUGGGAGGAGCCUGAAGCAGAACCCGAGGCCGCGAUUGACUACUCUAGCCUGUCUGGCAAGCGAGUCAACAAGGCCGGCAAUGUCGUCGGAUCAAACGGAGACAUCUACGGUCGCGUGGUUGAGGGCCACAUCGGCUCCGUUAUUGGCCGCAUGUGUGAUAAGGACGGAAACAUCAGGAGCGAGUCUGGUGAGAUUAUCGGUCGCGCAGAGCUCGUACCAGAGGGUCAACGCGAGGGUACUCGCGACGGGCCUUUUGCUGAGCUCGUCGGCUGCACCGUCACAAAGGAGGGCAAGGUCAUCACAGCUACGGGCGAUGUCGUGGGACGCUUAGUGUCCGGCGACCCCAAAGUUCUCUACGGCCGUGCUGUCGAUGAGGAUGGAGACAUUCUCGACAAAAACGGCAACGUUAUCGGCAAGGCGGAGCGUUGGGAAGAGGACGUGGUGGAGAAGAAGAAGGAUCCUCUCGCUGGCCGACGAGUGAACCGCGAGGGUAACGUGGUCGACGAGGAUGGAAACAUCAUCGGAAAGCUCACCAGCGGCGACCUCUUCAUCUGCUCGGGCAAGGAGGUCGACGAGGACGGUGAUGUCGUCAACCAAAAGGGCGAGAGCAUCGGUCACGUCUCUCGCCUCGAGGACAUUCCCCCCGAGCCCGAGGCAGAACCUGAGCCAGAGCCCGAGACAGAAACGCCUGAAGAAAAGGAAGCGCGGGAGCAGCUCGAAAAGGACGUCAAGCUCGCCGGCCAGAUCGCGGCAUGCGUUGAGCAGACUCUGGACAAGAUCCGGCCCAUCUGCAAGAUGAUCACCGACAAGGUCGACACGGCCGAGCGCACGCCCAAGGACGAGCUGGACGAGGAGGAGCUCGUCAGGCAGGUCAAGCCGCUGAUCGAGGAGGGCGGCAAGAUCCUCACCGAGGUCAACGGCGCAAUCCGUGGGCUCGAUCCUGACGGCCGCAUCCAGCGCAACGCCAAGGCCAAGGCGGCCUCGCGAGAGGCUACGCCGGAGGAGGCUCAUCUCGCCGAGGUGUUGAAGGAGCUCACCGGCACCAUCACCACGUGCAUCGACAACGCCAAGAAGAAGAUCGACGGCAUGCCUCACGCCAAGGAGGAGCUCAACCCGCUCUGGGGCCUCCUCGCAGAGCCGCUGUUCCAGAUCCUGGCCGCCGUGGGCCUCCUGCUCAACGGCGUGCUCGGCCUCGUCGGACGCCUGUUGAGCAUUGUGGGCCUGGGCGGUUUGGUCGACGCCAUCCUGGGAGGACUGGGCGUCAACAAGAUCCUCAAGAGUCUUGGCCUGGGGAGUGCCAUUACGGCGUUGACCGGGAAGAAGGAGAAGAAGAAGUAA